AUGGCAAAAGGGGAAGAGGCGAAAUAUGUCAAUAUGAAGGAUGAUGAUGAAUUUCAUGAUGCUGUUUCUGAACCGACCUCUAGCGACAAGACAAAAUUGUCGUCUCCGGAUAGCGCUCUUGAAGAUUCUAGCAACUUUUUGUUCAAUUUUAGAAAGCAGAAAUAUUUUAUCAGCUUUCGACGUAAUCUUGGAGUAUUCUGUGAUGAUAAACUUGAAGGAGACAAAGUGAAAGUGAAUAACGCUCCUAAAAUGGACGACGUUGCAAACAUCGAUCAAAACGGGAACAUCUUAGAAACAUCUCAGGACAAAGAGGUAGUGAUCUGUCUAAUGGACCUGAUUCAGCAAAUUUCUUUGAAUUCACUACCACCGCCACUAGAAACUGUCGAAAAAGCGUAUUUGUUCAAAGAAGCAGAUAAAACCUUCCCAAAAAAAAUUUUAAACUCAGCGAGUCAUGGAAGUCUCACAAAAAUGGAAACCAAGAGUGAAACGUCUACUGAAGUAAAUUGA